CGCUUUAAAUAAUUAAACGAAAACAUGAUGAAUAACACUCUCUGACAUCGUUUGAUUACUUAAAUUGAAAAACUCUAUUUUAAUUUAUCGUAUAAAUAUUUGUUUUACUCCAUGAGCAAACCAGGAAGGCGUGUUUAAGAAGAAAUUGAAAGUGAAAGGUUAGCUUUAAAAGUAUAUCCUAGAAAGAAAGUUUAGACGCGUAGUCAUUUCUUGUUUACUUGGGAGAAGUAGGCCUCUUUUAAGAAGAUACCAAAAUAAGGAUGGCAUCCAUCCCUUUCUAUGGCUGGGAAGCAUUCUAUGAUGAAGAUCGUCAUCUUCAGGCAGACCAGGCACCCAAAUCAGGCAGUCUCUACACCAUGUAUCACGGCACGUCUGUUCAAACAGCUCGUCAGAUCAUAACAACAGGCUUCAGACAAUCAGCAGAUGGAAUGCUGGGACCUGGAGUUUAUGUGAGCCGUGACCAGAAGAAAGCAGAGCGCUAUCCUCUGAGAUCCCUACCUACUGACAGAAUAGUGCUUAAAUUAAGCGUUGACUGUGGAAAAGUCAAAAGAAUAGAUAAGGAUAACCAUCCUCUGCAGAAGACCUGGCAUAGUCAGGGCUAUGACACUGCCUGGGUGCCUCCUAACUGUGGCAUGAAAUCUGUGCCUAGCGGUCUAGAAGAGGACUGUGUCUAUGACCCACAGCGUAUCGAGGUCACAGAUAUUGCUCUUGCACCCAACACAACCAUCUUAAAUGAACUCAAACAGCUCAUUGCUCAAAAUAAGAAGAGGCCAUCUAAUUCGAACACCUUAGGUACUUGUACAGUGUGCAAGUUCAAACUAGGCCCUGCUCAUAAUGUACAGUCAUGCUGGGGGUGUGGGAAGACUAUCUGCGCUCUCCUGACCAAACAUGUGUGCGGUUAACAAACUUGUCAGGAAAUCACGACAGAGGCAUUACUUUUUUUGACAUGCUUCAAUGCAUGAUGCUUGAAGUUGUGUUGAAAGCUACUUUAUCUGUGUAUACAAGAUUGUUUACUUUCUUCAUAGUUCUCAGUGACACAAUUGUCUUUGACAUUUAUGCUCUGACAAAUUAUUUUCCUGCUGAUAUGUGCCACUAUAUUUGAUGUUACAUUUAAAACUGAAAUGCAUAUGAUCACAUAUGACUUAAAGAUCUAGGACUUCUGUAGAGAUUUGUUUCAAUCAACCAGGAAUGUUUUAAACAUUCAGUAUCGCAGACAAUAAAAAGAGCUUUUCACCUUAAGUCAUUUUGAGUAGUCAGUGUAUAUAGAUCUAUUCC